AGACAAUUCAACGAGCCUAACCAGCUCAAUCCUGAUUAGACCGGUGACCCAAUAUGGGGACAUUGCCGGCGGGUACUUUGCCUCCCUUUUUAGGUAUAGCACCGCUCGCUACACUAUUGAGGGGUUACCUUCCCGCCGAUGAUCGAUACUUCUCGGAAAGUAGAUGGAAAUGAUCCCCCCCUAAAAAACAGACCCUUGAGCACUAAGCACACUACUGAGCACUUCAAGCGCUUUGGCGGUCGAACAAAGUGUGUUAGGACGUUAGAAGACUGUUAGGAGAGAGAGGGGGCUCGGCCUUUUCCCUUUUUUCUAAUUUAGGGAGCGCCUUGUACCGCAUUUUGCGCCACGAGACCCUAUCAGACCCUGCCCAAUCCGCCCUAGUGCUGUGUGAGCUGUUGAGCGUUACCGCCCCGGAUCGAUCAGAUCACAUCUGCAUGCCGGGACGUCGUGGCCAGCCAGCUCAGUGCGACACAAUAGGAGAAUAACAAUAACAACAAAUUGCAUACAUAGCAUUCUGAUUCACCCCCAAGCAUUCAAGCGUCCGACAGUCCAGCAUUCCAUUCAUCCUUAUCGACUCAGCAACGAGGCGUCGGUCUGUCGCAGCCUAUCGCUUCCCGCAUACCACAACCAGUCGUCAGGUAUAUGUAGUUUUGGGUACACCGUCUCGAGUCCAACCAUGUCCGCUGCGACUAAGAAGCCGAGUCCCUCGGCAUCUGGCCGAGUAUCCUCGUCAGACGGCAAUCACGCGCCCGCAGCCUCGAGAACACCUCGGGCAUCUACGCCCACGUCCUCCGCGUCUUCGGCCACCCCUGCGAAUGCGACCACCAACGGUACCCCAACACGGACCCGAUCCAUUCGCACUGGAACUCCUGUAUCGGCACGGGCUGCCGCACACAGGACGAGCUCAUCCCUUAGCAUAUCCCGCAGCGCCGACUCUGAUGCUCGUGCUGAGACCAUUGCGCUCAUCGAAGAUCUCAAAGAACGGCUGCACAAAGCCGAUGUGGCGUCGGAGCAGUACAGGAAACAAGCAGAGGUCUUGCAAUCACGGCUAGAUGACGCCCUCAAGGAGCAGGCCAAACUAGAAGAAAAAGCUCACGAGAACGACGAACAGAUCGAAGCCCUCAGGAAUGACAAGAGAGAGACCGCAAGGCAAAUGCGUGAAAUGGAGGCCAUCUAUGAGGCUGAGAGGAGCUCUAUGAUGAAAGAGAAGGAGGAGAUGUCCAACCGAGAAGAGGAAAUGCAGGGCAUAAUUAACCGAUUGAAAGACACUUUAAAUCAACGUAAUGCUGAGGAUGAAUACCGAUUAACCAGGCAAUCAAAUAACAACUCGCCCAGCGUCGACAGCAGCAACUUUGCACCGCCUUCCUCUAUCCAGAGGAGCGAUUCUCGGAACAACUCAAAGUUACUGCUUCAGAAAGACAAACUCAUAGAAUCGUUGCGUCUUGAGUUGGCAGAAGCUCAAAUCAAACUAGUCGAGACUGAGAACCAAGGAGGCGGGCGCCUUCACGAAGUUGAACGGCUUCUUAUGGAAGCCCGGAUGGCGAAUGCACGUUUGAUGGAAGAUAACGAAUCAUAUCAGCUCCUGCUCCAGGAGAAAACGCUCCAUGGGGACUUCGGCAAAGGUGACUUCAAUUACAUGGGCGUAUCAGCUAACCAGGAUGCUCUUAACGCGCUGGAGGGCAGGAGCAGCACUGGCGGUGCCCUAACGCCUGGAACGAGUCUAGCUGAUGAGCUUGGUUCCAUUGCCGACGAAUCUGAGAUGGGCGAGAACCCCAUGCGCCAGAUGGAAUCAGAGCUCCGUGCCCUGAAAGAUCAGAACAAAGCUUUGACGCUGUACAUCAACAAGAUCAUUGAACGACUGCUUCAGCACCAAGAAUUUGAGCAUAUUCUUGACCAGUCUGACUCAAAGUCUUCUGCUAAUGUACAUAAGGAGCUUCCCCCACCGCCCGCAUCUGAAAUGCCAGGUGUAGGGGUGUCGCUGCUGCAGCGUGCCAAAUCCAUCGCUACGGGUGGUAAUGCGGCGCGGCCAAAGCCGCGUCCCAUGACUAUGAUGCCGGCGCAGAACUCGGCGCAUAACAACCCUGAGACAGCGCCGAGCAUUCCCAUCAGCUUGGGACGCGCACAAAGUACACGCCGUGGAGGGCGUCCUAUGAGCGAACAAUUCACGGGUGCAGCCGGAAUUGUGAAUGCCAUGUACAAGGGUCCUGAUGGCCCCUUAUCCCCGACACUUAGCAACCCCCGCAACUCAGCAUCUUUCUUCUCGGGCGUAUCAACGCCACGAGUUCCCUCGUCUCAAGGUGCUCCUAGUGCUGGCAACUUCCCUGGUAUGCGGAGCGAGACCAGCAGCGUCAGCGGAGAUUCUGCCUCAGCUGAAGGUACUAACUCAAGCCCACCGCGCGCAAGCAGCGGGCACGCAAGCACCGCUGGAUCUGAAAAGGCCACAACCUUUGCAGGUAACAAGCCACGUCCGCUGCGGCUCGUUCAGGAGAAUGCACCCGAAAAAGUUGAGAACAAACGUGCCAGUUGGAUGGGUUGGGCAUCUGGAUGGGGGAAGAAGGACGAGCCCGUAGUAGGAGAGUCCAUCAAAGAGUAGUAGGGUUCAGACUUUUUUUUUUUUUCAAUCUUCUUGCAAAUUUGCCCUCGUUUGCAUUAUUGCGAACGAAACCUUAGGUUUCACUUGCAUCAUUGGGAGCGAUUACUUCGAUUCAGAUUUUUUCCCCACAUAUAUAUUCCCCUUUCUUCCUCUUCUUGUAUGGUGCGGAUUGGCCAUGUUGGCACUGGGUAACUUAUAUAUCCUGCGUUGAAUUUGGGAGUCUUUUGAGAGACGUAAACGAUUGCAUGUUCAUGUAACGCCGGAAGGGAGUUUUUGUUGAAACGUCAACUAAGUGAGGGAUUCCGGCUGGGUUCAGGUAGCGAUGAGAUGAUUUAUGGAAAUAGAAAUGAGAAAAGAUAUCCAGGAUGAUUUUAUUUAUGCUCCUAUGAAGACAGGUAUAGUGAGUUCUAUGUUCUGUGGUAACAAUCGAAAGAGGCAAACGAUGAAUUUAGAAUGAGAGACGUUUGUGAGUAGAUACAUGGCAAACUGAUUGAUAGAUUCAUUCA